AUGACGUCCUUUCGAAGCGCAGUGCGCUCUGCUGACGUGGCGCAUUUCGUGGCCCUCGUCCUGCUCUCUGCACCAUUCCUCGCAGCCCUCGCGUCCCCCCUCACACCCUGCCCGCUCACACGCCUGCGUCUCGCCCCACCAACGGCCACAGCAGCCACUCUCUCUGCUUCCCCCGCCUCGCAAGAGACCAACCAGGAAGGCUCUUCCUCCCCUGGCUCUGCGGUUGCCGCUGCUGCUUGCACCACCACAGAUCAUCACAGCAGUGCUAAUGCUGCUGGCGCAGCUGGUGCUGCUGAUGGUGCUCGCGUGAUUGGCUCCACGUCAGAGUGGGUUCCCCGGCCAGUUGAAGGACAAUUACGGCUACAGGUGGGACCGCCGGCGCCCCUCUUCACCCUUUCUGAAGCCCAAACCCACGCCAACAACCCUCAGAGCUCUUUGGGGGGCGAUCAUAGCCCCUCUGAUUCAUCCUUCAGCGCGCAGGACUGGCAGCAGCAGGGGCCGCGGCGGGGGGAGACGGGUAUGGGCGUGCUGCUCUCGCCGGGGGGGGGCGUGGGGGCGGCUGGUGAGGGAGUGGCGGUGGGCGCGCGUGCAGUACCUGUGGGACGUGCUGCUGGAACGACACCCUAUUGUGUGCGUGUCUCUUCCCACCUGGACCUCCCAUCCUCUCUCAAAACGUACCUUUGGGACGUGCUGCUGGAACGACACCCCAUUGUUCGACUCAAAAGUCAACUCGGUGGGCGCGUGGAUGUGCAGUACCUCUGGGGCUUGCUGCUGGAACGCCACCCCAUCGUGUGCGGACCUCUUUCACCCUUUGCUCUCUUUCCUCCCACCUGGACCUGCCAUCCUCUCUCUCAAAAUGUACCUCUGGGGCGUGCUGCUGGAGCGCCAACCAUAUCGUGUGCGUCUCUUAUAUCUUUUGCUCUGCUCGCUCAGAGACAGCAUAGCAUUGAGUUGACUUUUGAGUCGACUCAAAAGUCAACUUGGUGGGCAUGCGUGCAGUACCUGUGGGAUGUGCUCCUGGAACGACGCCCUAUUGGGUGCGUCCCUUGCUACGCCUGGGAGGUGCAGCUGCAGCGACAUCCCAUCAUGUGCGCCCCUCACUCUGCGUUUCCUUGUACACUCACGAUUAUGCAUCUCGUUCCCGUGCGGUGCCCCAUCACAUGCUUUCUCGUGCCAUGCUAUGCAAUGCCCAACGCCAUGCCUCACACCAUUCCCCACACCACGCGACUCGCCCGCCAUGCCUCAUGCCCUGUGUACGCUACCCCUUGCCCCGCUACAGGUACGGUGGGGUGCGGUGGAGAGGAGCAGGCGGCCGCAGGAGCCGUUUGGGGAGGCGCUGUGGGACGCGAGAGCACGCAGGAGGGGAGGGUGAUAGGCAUCAUGCUCACGCUGGGCGGGCUCUUCUUCUACUCGCUGCUCACCUCCACCAUGACCACGCAGUUCAAGGAGUGCACCUGCUCAUGCGCUGGUCUCAUCGCAGCUCACCCAGUCCCCUGUCUCCGCCCUCUCUCUCCCACCCUCUCCAUCGCCCUCUCUCUCCCACCCUCACCAUCGCCCUCUCUCUCCCACCCUCACCAUCGCCCUCUCUCUCCCACCCUCACCAUCGCCCUCUCUCCCACCCUCACCAUCGCCCUCUCUCUCCCACCCUCACCAUCGCCCUCUCUCUCCCACCUUCGCCAUCGCCCACCUGCCCUGCUCAUCGCCCUUGUAGUCACUGCUCACCUCCUCCUCCCAAGUCGCUAUUCACCUCAUCCCGCCCCACCCCCCCGUGAGCAGCUGCGCAUGGACUGCGAAUGGAGUGGCCGAGGGAAGGCGCUCAUUCUCUCUGCCCUUGAACUCACCUCCACCUCCCCAUUCACUGCUCGCCCCGCCCUCACCCCGCCCCCGCCCUGUGAGCAGCUGCGCAUGGAGUGGCUUAGAGAAGGCGCUCACUCGCAGGUGAUGGAGUGCGAUCACAUAGUAAUCGGGGGAAUCAACAACCGCCUCGCCACAUUGCUGCGCCAGCUCAGCAAGAGCCAGCACUUUGCUGUGCAGGACGGCUCUGCAGUCACCAGGUGGGCAGGGGAGAAGUUCUUGUGGUGCUGA